CCCAGGAAUUUUUAAAGGGUGACGAAACUUAAUUCCAGCGUGACAUACAGGAAUGAAGGAACGGGAGGUCAUCUAACUAUUGAAAGUGAAGAACAUUUGUCACAUGAUAAUGAGCGGAAGCAUCAGUAGGGUGGAAAAUGGACCAGUCAGGCCUUUGAAAAUGUCUCGAAAAAGCAGUUCUCGCAAGGAUAUAAAAGGUGGAGGAUGGAAAGGGGAACUUGUCUUCGAGCCUGGAAUAUCGACAUCCUUUUAUCUGACGCAGGGUUCCCUAAUAGAGGAAAUGAGCGAAUUUAAUGGGAUUGACGAGUUCGAGGAACUUGAAAAAAUUUGGCUAUAUAAAAGACCUCUGAAGAAAGGGCAACUUACCCAGUUUAUUUUAAACCAUCAGUUUGUCGUGAUACGUUCGAAGCAUUGGCAUUGGUCCAUCGAGAAACACUGUGACAAAAUUCUCCUCCAAAGGAACAAAAGCUGUAUCAUGGUCAGAGAAUACGAAGAGGGAAUCCUCAGAAACACUCCAGUGGUCGAAAUAAAACAUGGUGGUAGCAAAGGAUCUAUGCAAGAUUUGAUCAAGUUUCUUUAUCGCAAGGACGAGCUAAAGAAAGCAUACCAUUGGAUGGAAGAUAAUUGUAAAGACUUAGCAAAUCGAGUGUUUAAUGAAUUUGUGGUCGAAGGUUCAGUGGGUAGAUCAUGGCAUAUUUGGUGACAUUGAAACUUUUAAUGAAUAGCCUCAUAACAGGAAUAACAUUCUUUAGUGUCUAGUUUAAAUGAACCUCUUUUGAACAACACUUUGAACCAACAGUAUUCUUAUCUUUAACUUGGUCUCUUAAAGAUUGUAGGGGUCUUAGCUGCCACCGCAUGACGAUCUGCUGGUUGUGCCCCAUCACCCACCCCCACCCCCAUUGCAACGCUUCUUUGUCGUCGUUUUCGUGUCGUUACUUCAAUAAUUUUAUCGACGUAACCAGCAGUUUAAAAACUAGCUUAUAUUUCAUACUUUCAUGUUGAAAAAUAGCCGACUUUAUUUUGAAGUUGUUUUUGUAAACGCCACUACGCACCUUUCCUGCCGUUCGACUUGAUCAUAAAUGAGAUCACGCGUAGCCCAGUAUAGUGUCUUCGAAGUUGUCGUGAAAUUCCACAGUAAGAGAUUUCCCCAUCGUUUUAAUGAUUUCAUCUUUUGUCUAUGUUUAAAAUGCUAAAGUGAGAGAAGGACUAAUGUAAUAGUGUAGUUUGAUCGUUCGGGUGAGUGUAUUCCUGAGAAGGACUGUUGUUGGUAGUGGUGACUGACGUUUCGACAACCUGAGCGGAAGUCGUCAUCAGAGUCAAGUGAAUAGUUGUUGUCAGUCGAAUGUUCUUAGUCCGGUUUGUAUAAACUGAUUGGUCAGUGAUGUUAUUAGCUGUAAGACUCAAUGUUGCGAUCGAGUCAGUAAACGUGCGCCAGAUGCGAACGUAACAAUCGAAUGAAAGAAAAUCCUCUAAGUGCGCGAGGUUUGAACGCAACAAUCCAAUUAAAUAAUCCUUAAAGUACAGGAGAUACUAACGUAAAAAUCCAAUGAAAUAGAAGCCUAAAAAUUCAUGAGAUAUUAACGAAACAAUCGAAUCAAAGAGAACCUUAAAGGUGAGCGAGAUAAAUACGUAACAAUCAAAAUGAAAGAGAAUUCUAAAUAUGUGUAUGAUAAUGACGUAACAAUCCAAGUGCACGAGAUAGAUACCUGGAAAUCGAACGGAAGAAAAUUCUGAAAGUGCACGAGAUAUUUACGUAACAAUUCAAUGAAAGGAAAACCUAAUGGUGUGCUAGAUACUGAUGUAACAAUUUUAAUGGUAGAGAAUCUAAAAAAUGCUACUACUGAACAUUCAUUACUCGUAUUAAAAAGAUAUAAAGGUGACUUAAUAUUUAU